AUGAUGUCUUUCGUUCUUUCAUCCUUUUUUGACCCGGGGUCGAUCGUCUGCAUCCCGGUGGCCAUAUCUCGGCGAGUGCAGAGGUACAAGCUCGCAUUGCGCGGGCGUCAAGACGCCGAAAACAGGCGAACAAGAUCGACCUCGGACCAGUCAACGCCAAUGAUAUGGGGAUGGAGUGUAGACGCAUCGUAGAACGCGAUUUUCGUUUGAAGUUGGCGUCUUGUUUGAGAGUAGAUGUGACAGAUUUGCGUAGAAUAGGGUAAGAUGUUAUCAUGAACGGAGAUGAAAGGGCUUUUCCAACACGGAGAUGUAGCAUGGAUCAAAGCAUUUGUUGGAUUUCAGCUUUUACAAGCGGACAUCAACGCAGUAGUAUUUUAGCAAGCUUACGAACGAACGCAUAUAGGAUACCAUCAGGAUU